GAGCUUGGGCCCCUGCCACAGCCCAGCAGAGGCUGUAGAGAUCAACCAUCAGGAAGCCUGGUUCCCAGCCCCGGGGUCCAUCCCUGGCUGUGGGGAGUGGAGGCUCCCACAAGGUAGCAGUGGCUCGAAGUGGUCCCCUCCCCAUAGUGAGCCAUGGGCCAGAAGCUCUCUGGGAGCCUCAAGUCUGUGGAGGUGCGAGAGCCAGCUCUUCGGCCUGCCAAGCGGGAGCUUCGAGGCUCAGAGCCCGGGCGGCCAGCGCGGCUAGACCAGCUGCUGGACAUGCCUGCGGCAGGGCUGGCUGUGCAGCUGAGACAUGCCUGGAACCCCGAGGACCGCUCGCUUAAUGUCUUCGUCAAAGAUGAUGACCGCCUCACCUUCCACCGUCACCCAGUGGCCCAAAGCACGGAUGGCAUCCGCGGCAAGGUGGGCCAUGCCCGGGGCCUGCACGCAUGGCAGAUCCACUGGCCAGCUAGGCAGCGGGGUACCCAUGCUGUGGUGGGCGUGGCCACGUCCCGUGCCCCUUUGCACUCAGUGGGUUACACCGCACUGGUGGGCAGCGACUCUGAGUCAUGGGGCUGGGACUUGGGCCGCAGCCGCCUCUACCACGAUGGCAAGAACCGACCUGGGGUGGCAUACCCUGCUUUCUUGGGGCCAGAUGAGGCCUUCGCUCUGCCAGAUUCCUUAUUGGUCGUGCUGGACAUGGACGAGGGCACGCUCAGCUUCAUCGUGGACGGCCAGUACCUGGGCGUGGCCUUCCGUGGCCUCAAGGGCAAGAAACUGUACCCGGUGGUGAGUGCCGUGUGGGGCCACUGCGAAGUCACCAUGCGCUACAUCAAUGGCCUUGACCCCGAGCCCCUGCCACUGAUGGACCUGUGCCGGAGAUCCAUCCGCUCAGCCCUGGGCAGACAGCGCCUGCGGGACAUCGACUCCUUGCCCCUGCCUCAGUCGCUCAAAAACUAUCUGCAGUACCAGUGAGCAGGGCCGAAGGCCUGCCUUCAUCUGUGGUCACACGGCACCUAGCUCCGGAGCGUCAGCAUUGUGUCACUGACUUGGAAAAGGAAUGCCUGUUGCCACUGUGGCUGCCAGGACCAAACUGCUGCCAUCAGCCAGGACCAGGAAGUCACCUAGUCAACCAGAGGGUAGAGACCAUUUCUUUCUCAAGAGAAUGAAUAAAACAUUUGGCAGGAGACAGCGUCCUGUUCCCCCACUGCAGACAGGCCCAGGAAAAUUGGCCGCUGGAGAGAAAAUAGCUUCUUGAAUAAUGAAUGACGGAAGCCAGUCCUUGAUGGUCCCCUCCCUGCCUGCCCCUGGCCAGGGUAGGGAGAUUAUCCUUCCAUUUUAAGACUUAGAACCACUUUGAGAGACAAGUCGCCAGGGACCAUGGCAGUGUGAAGAACCUGGACUUUCCUCUCUGAGCCGGCUUCCUCAGCCCUUCCUUUCCUCUCCCACCAUGGAUAGAGUCCUUUGGCUGUCCCCACCCACCUGUCUCUUCAGGGAUGGUAGUCUGAUGACCUGCCCCGGGAACAGAGCUUAUUCUUGGGUAUGAUCGUUUAAAGUAGUAUUUUGCAUUUUGAAAGAGGAGUGUGGUGAAGAUGGCUUUCUCCCAAAGGUGCUAAGGAGGAUGGGGGCCUCGGGACACUGAGUCUGAGACACCGUUAGAGUCCAGGACUCUGGCCGUCAUCAUUCAGGGUGAAGCCUGGCUGUCACAGAGCUUCCUUUGAGCAAAUUAUUUUUUCACUUUAGGAGACUUCCGCGGUUUGUUUCUUGUUUCUCAUGUGUGUGACAUGCUGUUUAUUUAUCAGCUGGGGUCCGUGGCGUGGCUUUGGGCCUGGAAGGGUGGGGGUGGCACACAGUCUCUGCAGGCCCUGAGACCUACCCUCUCACAGAAUGUUGCUGCUGCUGCCGCUGCUGCUGCCGCCAGCACCAUCAUUCAGUGUCUUUGGUGUGUUCCUGAUAUUCUCCACCCAGACUUGUCUUUAACUGGAAAUCGUCACAGCGUGGGAUACCAGAGCCAGACAGCGCAGCCUCCACUUUAAUGUGAAUGUGACCUUCAAGCAAGGAACAUUUCUAAUAAAGUUUGUCAUUCUGUCCUUGA